CGCAAAAAUGAACUCUUCUGCAUUACUGACUAUGCAAGAUUUUCGAACAUUAUCCUCCUCAAUUAGAGCUUUCUUAUGUCGAAAUCUACCUACAUCCCUUUCGCCAUAACCUCUGGCUUUUUCGCAGCGUCAUCUUCUGUCUUCGCAAAAUUAUUUUCUGAUGAACGUACAGUCUUAAUACAUACUUAUAUUUCAGAACUAUUCAAUAUUGUACCUGCAAAGACAUCGUUAUUAUUUAUGAGAAUAGUAUGCUUUAUUCUUAUUUUUGGAUGUAACUCAAUCAUGUGGACUACGUUCACAAAAGCUCUGAAUCUUGCGCCUUCCUCAGUACAAGUAUCGAUUGUGAACGGUGCUAUCAAUUUCAGUGCUUCGGCAAUUUUAGGUCAUCUGAUUUUUGAUGAACCGUUGGCAUUCAGAUGGUGGAUAGGAGCUGCUUUUAUUUUAACAGGAACAGUGAUAUUAUCUCAUGCUCAAACAACAAUCAAUGAGCAAACUACCACACGGCCAAAACAUGAAUAAGAAAAUGGAUCAUUAUACAGUAUGAUUGACAAAUAUCUGCUGAGUUCACAUAUAAAACUGUCGAAUUCAGUUAAACAGUUUUUUACAGAGAGGAUAUAUUAUAUACACCAUCUGUUGUACAUAGGUUGAAUGCGUGGAAUAAACU